AUGGACGGGGAUUCCCCUUUAUCGAUUCCGUAUGGCCACGCCUGUAGUACGUGUGCUCGCGCCAAGGUUCGCUGCAUCCCUCGGGGUCGAGAUUCCCCGUGUGAGAGAUGUCAUCGCUUGGGAAAGGAAUGUCGUCCUGGAUCGCGCCGUCGCCGUCCCAAGCGGCUUUCCAAGGCCGCUCAGCUGGAGCAGAAGAUGGAUGGGCUAAUGUCUUUGCUCCAAUCAUCCGGACAACUGCCCGGAGGACCAAGAGGAGACCGGCAUCUUCCCGUCUCCGCUGGUAAUCAAGAGGGCGAAGAGGGCGCGGAUCGUACCUGUACAGCAAAUCCGCUCUGCACUCCCGACACGGGGACGGGGAUCGAGUCCGACGCGGAAGCCGAGGCAAUGCUGCAUUCGUUCCGAACGGACAAAUUGGCUUGUCUUCCCCUUCUACAUAUUCCCAGUACGGCUACACCGGCUGACCUGGAGCGUGAUUCUCCCUUUCUCUGGCGCUGCAUUCUCACCACCGAGACCAAAGAUGCCGCGCAGCAGGCCUUGCGCUGCGUCGACAUCCGUCAGACCGCGGCCCAGAUUACCAUGGUCGACUGCGACAAGAAUCUGGACCUGUUGCAGGGAUUGCUGGUGCAUAUCGCCUGGAUCUCUUUCCAAAGCUAUCCUCCAAAGUCGAUCAUGGUCUUGUACUGUCAAAUAGCCACCGCGCUCAUCUGUGAACUGGGCUUGAAUCGUCCGGUCCGGAGUGACCUCGCCAUGCUACCCCCCGUAUGCAAUGACCUUGUGCCACCAGCACCGAAGCAACCUGCACCACGCCCCAGAACCCUGAACGAGCGGCGAGCCGUACUGGGCUGCUUCGUGAUCAGCUCAGUAAUUGCUCAAUUCCUUGGCCGCAUGGAGGUGAUGCGAUGGACGCCUCAUAUGGCAGAGUCCAUCGAGCUUCUUUCAACCAGCACCGACUCUCCACACGACGCCACCCUCGCAAUUCUUGCGCGUGUCCGGCUUCUCGUCGAGCGCAUCCGUGAGGGGCCGUGGAACGAGAACUCAAGUUCGAAUGGCAUUCCGCGUGCACCACUGCCCUUCUACAUGAGCAGCUUACAAACCCAGCUCACCCAGCUCCGAGCUGACGUUCCUUCCGCCCUCCUCAAUAGUAAUCCUCUCGUAUUUUACAUCUUGCAAGCAGAAACUACACUAUACGAGACGGCUCUCAUCCACCCUAAUCCCGAAACCAACGAUACCCCCGGUGCUCUCGACUCCUGGCGGCUCGACCACCUCUGCGCAUGCCUAACCUCUGUUCGCUCCUUCUUUGACAGCCUUCUUACAACGCCUAUCCGCACUUUUGCCUCCUUCCCGAUCAUCCAAAGCAUUCUCGUCGCGCACUGCCUGGUCACUCUCUCGCGUUUGACCUUUGCCGACAUCCCCGGCUGGGACACGCGACUGGUCCGCCGCACGGCGGAUGCGAUCCUCAUCGCCGACCAGAUCAGCGACAUGUUAGAGCAGGUCGUCAGUCUCCGGCGGGACGAGCACGAGAAGGACCCGUUCCAUAAGCUGGGCGUCAUGGUGCGGCGACUGCGCGCCACAUGGGCCUCGAGACUCGGGGAGUCCACAGCCACCACCUCAGCCGCCGAGGGUGGCUUGCUCGACUCGCAGCCGCCGCUCCCGGGUCAGCCACUCCCUCCAGAAUACGGAUAUCCCGAGCAGACGCAACUGUCGAGCCAGAUGUUGGGGAUGAUGGGGGACCUGUGGGACUUUGAUAUAUUCUUCGCGGGGUCGGACAGCGCGUGGUUGAUGGAUGCGGUGACGACGGGGGGACUUGGUUGA